AGCUAAAUUUGGGGACAACGCCACGGUUGGACUUUUUUAUUCUUAACUUUAAUUCGGGAAGACGCUCCCAGUAUUACGGAAAGUGAAAGUGUCGCCAAGAGUGUUGUAGUACAUUUUGUAUAAUUUGCAGUUGCAAAGGAGUCAAAGGUCGGACACAACGAGCGCACACAAUGACGGCGGUCCAUGAAUUUAAAGUCGAAAUGACCUGCACCGGUUGCUCCGGAGCGGUAGAACGUGUACUCGGCAAGCUAAAAGAAAAAGUGGAAAAAGUGGAGAUAGACCUGGACAACAAGAAGGUAUUCGUAACGUCCGCUCUGUCGGCGGAUGAUCUGCUGGAAACGAUCAAAAAGACUGGCAAGGAAACGAGCUACAUCGGGGUGAAGCAAUAGAAUGAAGCGGAGGAACUGAUGAGGGACGAUGCAAGAGUACCAUUAUCUGUGUUUGAUUACGAUUACAUUUUGUGCUUGUAUGUUUUCCACAAUCUUUUCCUUCCGUUGAAUUUCCCUUUCCACGAACAGAUGGGAUGGAAGAGAUAGAGAAUAUAAAGUAAUAUAUAUA